AUGCUUGUAAAAUUUAAAAAAACAAAACAAUGGUGGUCAUCUAUUCAAAUUAUUUUCAGGAAAUUGACAAAGAACUAUGCUUCUUUCUUUAUGUUUGUCUCCAUAAUUACCUGUCAUCUCUCAGCAGUUAUUUCCCUUUUUUCAGGUUUAAUGGCCAGGCAGGCCCCGGGGCUCAAGCUGUGGUGGAUAUUCAUUAUCGGGCGUGUUACGAACUGUUACCUGAUGUCUUACUGGUAACCAAUGCUAUUAGGAAUUCCCUACGGGAAAACCCCUCAGGGCAGCCAGAUGAUGGACCAAUCGGAUUGAGUCUUGCUCUGUCACCAGCUUCUUCAAACUACACACUGUCAAAGACAGCCAUAACAAAUGCAUCAUUCAGGGCUAAAAAGUUACCAGAUGAUAUUCCUGUGCAGCCAGAUGAAUCUGGCAAAUUACCAACGAUUUCCGAAGAUGAUACAUCUUCUAAGACGAAGACAUCAAAGACGAAACAAGCGAAAAAAGACAAAACUGGGGACCGUUCCAAGACUAAGGAAAGCCGCACUAAUUCUGGCAUGAAUAAUUCGAUAAUAAGCAUUAGCGAUCAGUCCAGUGAUAACUUAACUGUAGCCGUCAUCAAAGGCCAACAACGGAAUUCCGUAGAUAGCAUUGAAAUGGCAGGUUUUAUUAAAACUAAAGAAACAACUUCGAAUAAAUCUAGAGAUUCCAUUGAUGGAGGGUCAUCACCCUUCGUUGUCAAGCAUGUGACAGCAUCAUCAGCAAAAACAGGUUCGGGAAUGAAGACUAGUAUUUCUAAUAAAGACAUAAAAAAUGCAAAACAGACAUCAGGACAUUCUAGAAACUUGUCAGGAGAUUCAGCUGCCUCCGAAAACCAGAGUACAGAUCUUUAGUGUUCAUUUGUUUAGUUUGUUAUAUGAAUUUAUGUACCAAAUAAGUGCUUAUCUCUCAUCUAAUGCAUUUUGUAUCACAUAUGGCAUUGAUAUAUUCAUAUAGUUAACAAUUUGUUUCAGCUUGUUAAUGUCAUACUGUGUUUAAUUCUGGGCAAAAUGUUAACUUAGCAUUAGAGAUUAUAUUUGUAUAUCAAUAUUCAAUUCAAUAUUUAUUCAAUUCAAUGUUUAUUUGUUGACAGAUACUAUGUACAACAGUAAACAUAAGUUUGACUGACAUAUGAUUUUAUAUGUAUUUUUUCUUACUAAAUAUUUGUUAUGUCAUUUGUAACAUAACAAUUUGAUGAAGUUCCCCCAGGGUUUACUUUUUCCAUGCAACUUAGUAUUUAGACUACAGUAAAACUGCGGUCGUUCGAACAGGCGAUCGUUCAAGAACUGGUGGUCCGUCGAGGUCGAAGCUUAGUCCCGAACAUUAUACCUUCUAUUUUUAAUAGAUUUUAUAUAAAAUAUACUAAAGCUACAUUGAAACCUAAAUAAGUUGAGAAGUCUAUGAAAAGAAUUCCUUCUUGUCAAUAUGGCAAAUGAGAAAGAACUCGUCAAACACCAAACAAUAUUUAUUCUUUUUUCUUUUACAUUUUCACAUUUUGUAUACAACAGCCUUUGAACAUGUAAGUGAUUUACACAACGCAAUACAUAAUCAGUGUCAAAGUAAACAAUCGGGUGACAACUUCAAACUUAACAUACACUGAAAGACAUUUCAUAACAGACUGGAAAAUGGAAACUUGGGUCAUUCCAAACAUCGGAUCCCUCGAGGUUUUAACUCUGUGAUCCUCGAGCGAUUGCAGUUUUACUGUAUAAGUUUUUCGUUUUGUAUUAUUUGUUUCCAUAUAAUAAUGUAAAGUAUAUAUCAUUUUGUAAGAGUAGGGGGUUGCCUUUAAAAAAAAACAUUAAACCUUUUAUAGUAUUUCUGAUUAGCUGAUGAUGUAUAAACAAUGAUAUUAAAGUACUUGGACAUCUUGCAUGUAGGUUGUAUGAAAUUCCUUUUGUUGUAAAACAUGUUUUACAGUUCGCAGAUUUAAUGCAUAAAUACUAUUAAUAAAGUGA